UGUCAGUCAUAAUGAAAUGAUAGUGGGUUCGUUUGUCAGUGUUGGUUUAUAGUUUGUUAUCGUUCACUAUGUACUCACUGAAAGCGAAAUACAUAAUGGAUUACUGGAAUUGGGUGUUCAUAAUACUCGUUUCCCACGAAGCAGUUUCAGGAACACAAUGUGAACCUUCAGGAGUUGGUAACAUAACAGUGACGAAGGUGACUCCUGACUCGCUGACAGUGGUGUGGCAGGAGCCUACCUCAGCGCCCCACUGCACUCGAGGAUACAAACUUGUGCUCAGCCAGCAUAAAGAGUUCAAGAAGCAGAGAAACGAGACAAUAGAUGGAUCACAGAGGACCUACACUUUCACUGGGCUCAACCAGUGCACUCACUACUACAUCUCUGUUGAAGCUAUACCAAAUUCUGAUUCACAAAGUAAUCCAGCACCUGUCAAACCUUAUGAAAUUGGAUCCACAUCCUCGUAUACGUCAGUGAUAAGUAAAGCCACCGUGAAGGAUCUGACCAUUGAAAGUGUUUCUGAAGACCAAAUAACUAUUUCUUGGAAACCUAUUGACCACUGCCUUAAUGUAGAUUAUGAAGUGAAUGUGACAAACACAAAUUUGUUCACCAUCACUAAACACUUGAGCGUAGAUAUCACGGGGUUAGACCCUUGUACAACUUAUGAAAUUUACGUGACGGUUCUGUUUAGGGGAAUAUUGAGAUUGCAACCGUCAGCUAUAACAGCACGGACACUCCCUGGAGACAGAGUUGUGGAACUGUUAAACGUGAAGGCUGGGUGGAACAGCCUGCAGCUGGACUGGAAGUUACCAGACAUAUAUCGCAACAACUGUGUGACCGAGUACGUGGUGCAAGUGUGUAGUUUCUCGGAUUGUCUGGACGCGGUGACGGUACACGAUAUGUCGUACUAUGUCUCCAACCUGAGUGUCUGCACACUGUACACGGCCUCAGUAGUAGUCAAGCUCUCCGAGACCAAGUUGUCCUCCAGGAAUUCCACAGUAACACAGCUGACAAAAUCUGCUGAACCUCAACAGUCAGAACUGUUCUAUCCAGUUAAAGUUACAACAAACACAGUGGAGUUUGAGUGGCAAGUGUUGAACAUGUCAUCUGAAUGUGCAGCAAAAUUCGUUUUGUCAACUAUGAGCACAAAUGGUUCCAUUAUUGCGAAGCAGAAACUCGAUUAUACUUAUAGGAAGUACACCGUCUUAGAUUUAAAGCCCUGCCAAAACUAUUCUUUUGAGCUCAAGCUUGUGGAUGAGAAUGGCUCUUCUACGAUCGAUUAUAAUGCUGUCAACGUAGUCACACGAGCUUCAGAAUACCCUUUUGCUGCCCUUGCUAUUGUUUUGGCACCUAUUAUCUUGGCUAUAGCUAUUACAGGUGCGAUCAGUUUUAUUCUCUGGAGGAUAUGCAGGGAGGCAUGUGUAAUCAUCAAACAGUUUUUACAACACACUGAAAAUGUAUUGUCAUCACCUGGUCUGUUAAAAACAGAGUUUAAUAUUUUUGAAAGUGAAAGUAACCAGUAUCCUCAAGUAAUUGGAAAGUUGGAACAGAAUAAGGGAAAAAACCGAUACUGCAAUAUUUACCCAUAUGAUGUAACUCGGGUAAUACUGAAAGGAGAUCAUAAAGACGAUUAUAUCAAUGCUUCUCAUAUCAAGUUACAAGAAGCUAAGCCAGUAAAUUACAUAGCUUGUCAGGCACCUACAGCGACCACCUGCGGAGACUUCUGGAAAAUGAUUUUCCAGUUUCGUGUCAACCUGAUUGUAAUGCUUUGUAUGCAAUUUGAACUAGAAAGGGAAGGCUUUAUUUACUAUCCAAGGCUGAAAGAAGUUGUCAUGUACGACAAUAUUGUCAUUACGUGUUAUAAGGAAGAAGAGUUCUCGAAUUAUAUAGUUAGAACCAUUCUUGCUGAUAAGGCGGGUGUUUUACUGAAGGUGAAACAGUUUCUCUUCAUUGGAUGGCCCGAAUUUGGAGUGCCAGAAUCACCAGACGUAAUGGUGAAGUUUGUCAACGCUGUGCAACGCAUGAGCAAACGAAAAAAAGGCAAAAAGCACUAUAUGGUUGUACACUGUUGCGCAGGUGUUGGCAGAACAGGUACAUUUAUAGCCCUUGACGCCCUAAUGAGGUUGAUAAAAAAGUGGAACUGCACACUCAACAUAUUUGACAUAGUUCAAAAGAUAAGGAAGCAGAGGUGUUGUAUGGUGCAAACAGAGGUUCAAUACAAAUACAUCUACGAAUGUAUGAAAUACGCUUUGGAAAAUCACACAUCAUUCUUGGUAAAAGUGAGGAAGCCAGGAGUGUCAAACAGAAAGGACCUGGUACCGCUGAAAGAUCUGUAACCUCAAACCCCUACAGUAACCUGAGAUAAACCACUCAUUUGUGUUUUAAAGUAUAUUAAAAUUACGUUACAAUUUCUUUAAAAUGUAAAAGAAGUCUUCAUAUGCAUACAUGUAAAAUAUAUCCCAGAAAAAAAUAAUUGAAAUAGAUUUUUCAAAGUUUUGUUUAACUAAUUAAUAAUUAAAAAUUGUAAUCCUGUGAGAAGUCUUUGUCAACUUGAUUAUUACAAAGAUGGAAUUACUAAAAAUAAAUUUCUUUUAAUACUCUUUGGCAGGUUGAGUGCGCACACCACGUGUCACGCAAUAGAUUUCGCUUGGAUUGCACGCAAAAAUCUCAAAUCUAUAGUUCAUUUUGUUAGCCUAAUUCUGUCACUAUGUCAGAUGUUUGGAUGUAAUAUAAUUUUACUUAGCUUGUUUAUAAAGGCCUAUACUUUUAUCUUUAGUCUUGAGAUCUUGAGAGGAAAACUUUUAAAGAGGUAAAAAACUGUAAGUAAUUAAGGAGUAAGCCAUACUAUGUGUCGAAUGAUAGGAUUCGCUAACUUUGUAUCUCUUAUAUAUAAUUUAAGUCUAUAUCUACACUUGUCGCUAUAUGCUUGUUUUACUAUUAAUUAAAUCGGCAAGUUUAUCGUUGCCAUAGUAAGGCUAAUGUAAAAAUUUUCGCUAACGCUCAGCCAAAUCCCAUGGAGUGAAAUGUUUAAUUAUCGAAUUCAACGUUGUUUAUAUAGAAAUAAGCUUUAUGAUUGUAGUUCAGUUGGCUCGAGAGAUAUUGCGGGGAUAGACAAACAUUGGAAAAUUAAUUUUUCCAAGAACUUUUGUGAUGUGCUUCCCUAAAUCUCAGUCAGUAACUCAAUAAUUAUACGCAUAUCAAAUACAACAUAAAGAAAAAAUAUACUAAAUGUAUAAAUGAUCAACGAUGUGCAUUAAGCCGAUACUAAAUCCAUUCAAUUGCAUUGAUUCAAUCUAUUUGUAUUGAUAACUCUUGUGUACUUAUACGAUGAUGGAAUAUUUCAAACAAUGUUUUGUAUUGUAUGCUGUAAAAUUUGCCUUCGAACUAAAUAUAAAUGUUGGAGCUGACCUGAAGCUUUGUGUGCCUUCUUUUACAGCAUUGAAAUCGAUCGUAGAAGUGCCAUGCUCAUCGAUUUGCUUGCCCUCAAAAGAAUAGAUUUGUGAAGGCUUUAACUCUAAGACAGUGUACUUCCUAUCAAUAUGAUCGAGUUUCUUAUUCGCAAUAAUAGAACUACUUGGGCUCAAAGUAGAUCAAACGAAUUUUCUGGCACAUGCAGAUGGUUAAAAUAUAAUAACCAUAUAAUAUACCAUAAACCAUAUUUAUAAUACUCUGCUAAGAUAAGGUUCAUUUCUAGACUAAAUGUUUCGAAACUUUUAGUAAAGAAUAAAUAUUAUAACCCAAUGUUAUAAUUAUCAACAGUGUGAUUAUUUUAUUAUUGGAUUAUGUUUUUUUAUUAUAUACAUUAAUGUAAUGAAAGUAACUA